AAGGAGUGGGUGGAGGGGCGAAAUACAGCACCGAAAUGGUGGUCUAAAUUCCAGCGUAAUGCCAAGAACGAUUUGAAGGAAUGAACACUUGUUGCUCCCGACACAGUCCAAACUUUAGGAGAAGAAUUUCGGUCAACAAAAUCAAGGGGAAAGUUUUCUUAAUCAUUUUUGGUUAGGUCGUUAAUGUAGCCGUGACCUCACGUGUCCUGCUUAGGAAACCUCCCACCCCCCUCUUCACCCACACAAACUGCACUGGACCGGUACUGAUUGGCGCAAUGAAGAUAGCAGCUUCCUGCGCUAUGGGGGAAUAACAACCCAGGAGGCAGCACGGAGGUAGAGGUGCUCGUGGCUCGAGAAGAACUGACCCUAUUGUGCCACUAUCGAAGGGCUGGCCUGUAAAGAUCAGGACACAGGCGAGGGAAGAUCACAUCGUAUUGCUGCGACCCUCACCUUGUACGCGUGUGGUACGGAGACAAUCUCGACCAACCCAGCUUCUUGAGGAUCGGAUUCUUUUCUCUCUCUCGUUUGUCCAGAGGUAGAGGAAAAAGAUGGAACGUUCGAUGACAAAGUACAAGUUUGGUACCCCUUACAUACCAAGCUACAUGGACCUGACCAAUGGGCCUGAGCCCUGCGUCGUGUGCGGGGAUGCUGCCACUGGUUACCACUACCGUUGUAUGACGUGCGAAGGCUGCAAGGGUUUCUUUCGGCGGACGAUUCAGAAAGGCCUGAGCUAUUACUGUAAAUGGAACGAAGAGUGCGUAAUCGACAAGACGACCCGGAACCAAUGCCAGCAGUGCCGGUACAAGAAAUGCAUCAGUGUGGGCAUGGCUCCAGAUCUGGUUCUGAACGAGAAUCAGAGGAGGGCCAAGCGGCGACUGAUCAAGGAGAAUCGAGACAAGCGGACACGGGAGGAGAUGUUAAGGCAGAGCGGUCUGCUGCUUGCCAGCCGACUGACCGAGGCUGAAGAGAACCUCAUCAAGGCUAUACUAAUCGCUCAUCAGGAGACCACCUAUCUCUUCAGGAGGAACUCGACUUCUUCUGAUGAGGACGGUGGAGAGCCAGAUACCAAACGGGUCAAGGCAGAGGAUGACAAAACUGCUUUAAUGAACCUAGCUGAGAUCAUGACGCCCUCUAUUGUCAAGGUGGUAGAAUUCGCCAAGAGGGUGCCGGGUUUCAAAGAGCUGAAUCAUGAAGACCAGGUCUUGCUCCUCAAGUCGUGCUGUAUGGAGAUCAUGUGCCUACGAAUCGCCCAGAAGUACGACCCUGACACCCAGCAGCUGAUCUUCUCCAACGGCAUGCCCCUGGACAAGUCCGAGUUGAAGCAGGGUGCCCUCGGCGAGCUUGUGGAGCCCAUCUUCGACUUCGCGGUGGGGUUGGCCAGGCUUCAGCUGACCGAGACGGAAAUGGCGCUCCUGGCGGCCGUUCUACUCAUAGCUGGGGACCGACCCGGACUUAAAGAUGCUAAAUCGGUGGAGUUGCUCCAAGACACUCUGCUGACGGCCUUCCAGCAUUUCAUCAAUGAAACACGACCGACGACACCAGUACACUGGGCGAAGAUUCUUAUGAAGAUCACCGAUCUGCGCACCAUUAGCGCCCGCCACGCAGAAAGACUGCUCUGCAUCAAAUUGGACAAGUCCCAGGAGAUACCACAACUAUUUCUGGAAAUGUUCGACGACUGUAACACAACGUUAUAAAAUGCUAGAAAAUAAUGCGUGUAUGAUGAUGAUCCAUCUUCCAGGUUUUCUGAUCUUUAUCCCGCCUAGUAUUUAUUCUUCCUCAGCCUUUCCUGCUCCUUCACAAGUCAUGAGUAACCUCUUAUGUUUCUCGGGGUUUGAACCUUUAGAAGUGCAGCAAGCAGCAGUUGGUUAUAACUUACGCGAUGUGUGUCAAUCUGCAUUUGUGUCUCAACCAGUUCAACUUGUUAAACUGGGUUGCAUGUAUGGGAGAGUUUGAAACUCUUCAAUGUUGUGCAGUCUGUAGUACGCCUGCGAUUGAUUUCAGAACUUUGGCGUAUAUUUUAAACGUCUUGGAUGAGGAUGAUGACAUAUUUUAUUACCGCAGUUUGUGUACGAUUUCAUAUCAGUCACUAAACAGAGAGUGAACGAAUUCGGCCCGCCAUUUAUGAAAACAUUUUUUGUUUCUGACUCGCUUCGGAAUCGGGUGGAACCCCUCUAAAUUACGUCACGGAUUAAAGAAAACACAGUAAGCAGAGUUUUUGCCAUUGUCUACAAUUUCGUGAAAUCUGCUCCUGGAUUGCGCAGUUUGCUGUUGCAGUAUCUUUUUGAAAAAAAAAACUCUGAAAAAAGGGUGCAAAUGCACUCCUUUGAUUUCUUGCCAAAACCCAAAGAGUUCCCAAGGAUGAUUUUGUCUUUUCGUACAACAGUAGUGUUAAUCAUUUUGUACCAUAUUUCAUUGUAAUCGAUUUUAAUGUAGCCAUUGGUGAAUGACUGUCUCGUCAAGAACAUAUCACUUCAUUAGUUUCUAGUUAGACCUGCCAACCGGUUUAUCCAGUACAAUUUUCAUGUUAUUCUUUGGAAUACUGAAUUUUUUUAAUCUUGAAAUUUGAACAAAGUAAAGAUUGGAUUAGCCUGCGUUAGGUGAAUGUAUAUAUCCUACCAAAUUCAGAGCUUUGGUAGGCAUGUAAAAUACAACGUAAAUAUUUCGUUUGGCUUUUAAAUUAUCGUGGCGUUGAUGUAAAUUAUUAUAAAUUAUGCAACCAUUGCAGCUGUUUGUUUCACUUAUACAUUAAUUGUACGUAAUAUUCGUAAAAGUAAGGUUAAAUUACUUUGAAGUCGUAGAUUAUAUUCAGGAAAUAUGUUAGUGACAUGUCCAAAGAAUUCGUGCGACUGAGAUCAGUCUCAUUAAAAUCAGGAAUAACUCGUGUAAAGUUUACUAGAAGUUUACAGAAAAAAUAUAUAAAGCUAUAUUACGAGAAUAUAAAAUGUUGUGUAUGUAUAUAGACUUUACCCUGCACGGGCGAUGUUUAUCCGCCAUUUUGUCUACCUCAUUUUUGAAAUUAAAAUGUAAUAUCUAUGGAAGGGCUGAUUUGGCUGCACUUUCAUUUAGUUUUGACAGCCAAAUCCCUUUUUUAAAAUUUAUUAUUAUUUUUUUAAUUUAUUUAUUAUUAUUAUUAUUUGGUUUACUUUUGUGGCACUUCAGGUUGAAAUUUGACCAAAGCUUGUUUUAAAAGAAACACAAACAUAUGAAUAUUAAAUAUGCAAACAUACGGGUGGGAGUAUGACAGUAUUUUAGAACAAAAUCCGGGUACUUCCGAACCGGAAGCAGUGGGUUCUUCUAAGAGUCAGCAAAUUUUUCUAACUGUAACAAUAUUGAACAGAAUUUCCAGGAGAUUGUUUUCCUUUGUCGCAUGGAGUACAGGGAAACAUUUCGUUGAGUUGUGAUCGUGCAACAUCAAGUUGUGAUCGUGCAACGGCUCAGUUAUUUUGAUCAACUAUAAUUGUAUGAAUUGGACGUAGUAAUGAUCUGUUUUUCGCACCACAGCUUUUGCCUCGCAGAGCCGAAGGCGACACCCUAUGAAUACGGAAACAACCGAAUAACAUUCUGUGUAUGUUUUUUUAUGUAUCCAAUGUCAUUCAACUUGCAUGCAAGAUGCCCUAACAGAUAACAACAAAAUGUGUUCCGUUGACUAAUGCAGGCCUGUAUCGGGCAGCGGAGGGAGGUCAAAUUGACAUUUUUAGCUGGCCAUUUUAAUCAAUCUUAUCCGUCAAAAUAAGUAAACGCACGCAAGAAUACGUGGUGUUUCACCUCCCUACUACAAGCAUGCGUUCUUUAUACUUGGCCUUUGAUGUCGUGUCUUCUAACAUAACGUUUCACUGAAGUUACACUCUCACUGUAAGCAUGCGAGGCGUCUUGCAAGGAAAAGGUGCACCUUCAGUUUAAAUAUAAGAUAAAAAGACCCACCCUCACAUUAACCUGGAUACGGGCCUGUAAUGCAUUUGACUGUAUACUGAAAGACAAUUAUUUGGGCAUACUUACAGGUGUAAACACUCAGGGAAUGUUUAGAUUUUUUUAAAGGUAAAUGUGAAAAGUGUAUGGGGAAUUAUAGUCCGGUUCGUACCUUUGCUUGAUUCAAACGUGAACACGAAUUUGUGACGUCAAGGCAUGAUUUCGCUCCAAGAACCGCAAACGCAUUUUCAACUCUGUCUUUUCAAUCUUAUUUUAAUAUCCAUGCGCAAUGCUGCAUUAAGCGUGACGCAUGACAGUGUGCAGGAGAAGUACGGAAUUGGGCUGGACGCACUACACUGCUACAGAUAAUGAAAGUUUGAGAAUGCAAGAAUAAUUUCAUGGCAAUGACUGAUGGAUUGUGGAACAUUCCACAACUUUUCCGUGCUAAAUCCGUCGAUUUGCUUCGCACACUCGCAGUGUGUAUGAACCGACCUUCAUGCAUCACGUCUGUGAAUACCAAAACAAAUGGGUAUUAUGGUAUAAGUAUCGGUAGGUCUAUUGAAUUCAAAACAUGUAGGCCCUAUGAUGUAUUUACAUGUAAUGAAAAUGUUACCAUAGUAUUCUGGUAUAGUUUUUAAUUUCAACAGUUUUUUGCAAAUACAAUUAUGCAGAAUUGUAUCAUUGUUUUCCUUUCAAAUGUUGUAAAUAAAUAGUUUUAGAACACAUUAA